AUGUUUCUCAGUCUUGUCAAAUACGAUAAUCUAUCAUUAGACUUUUACGAAAAAUAUAUGGAGGAAUUUGUUUUUGACAAUGUUGACGAUAGCAUCAAAUCACUUGUACUACCAAAAUCACUCAAGAGAUUUGGAACCAACGAUCUUAGAAUAUUGGACGAGAACCAUUUCAAGUAUCCACCAACCCUAGAAACUUUAAAAUUGUAUUCUCCUCAAUUGGUACUCACCCACCAAAUCAACAAUGAAAUCAAAGUGUAUCCAGAUUUCCCAACGACUCUUCGUUCGCUUACUCUAUCGUACAUACGUACUGAAAUGCAAGAUUAUACUGGCCCAGUCGACUUUUCACUCAAACAUCUUGGUCAAUUAGAGUAUUUGACAAUUCGGUCUUGUCAAAAGGGAAUUAUUGGUAGAAUUGACUUGCCAGAUUCCGUCAAACAUUUAUCAGUCAGAUAUAUGCCAUCUAGUGGAAACAGUCCUAUUUCAUUACCGCCAAAUCUCCAAUCACUUCAUAUCAAUAUGGAAAUAAUCAACUCACCUCUUCCAACGACAAUCACCAAUCUAUCUUUAUAUUAUUGUCCAUACAUUCAACCUGGAUUCAUCCCAAUCAAUGUUAAAAAAUUACAUCUUUCAUUUGCUCAUGUUCAUAAUGAUUUGGUUAGAGGAUCAAUACCUUACAAUGUAGAAGAUUUAACCAUUCAAAAUUAUAUUCUACCCAAUUCAACCACUUUAUCAUCAUGUUUUCCAACAACCAAUCUUGUUAAAUUAACCAUUAAAAAAAGUGAUUUUAAAAUGACACAACUUCCACCCAACCUACAAUCCUAUGUCAUUCAUUGGGGAAAUCCAUCACUUCUUCCAACAGAGUAUCCACCAUCUUUAACUCAUCUAACAUUAUCAGACAUUCAUUUAAUUUGUAAAGCACCAUCUACAAUCAAUCAUUUAUCAGUUCAAUUAAAAUAUGGUUCAACUAUUACAAUCAUUCCAAACCCAAUACCGAAUAAUAUUAAAACCCUAGAAUUGGAUAUUCAAAGAGAACAUGAUUAUAAAUUAUCAUUGGAUGAAAUUCUACAAUCUCAAAUUGAUACUAUUAAAUUAUUUAAUUUCUCAAUUUCAAUUAGAAAGUUUAAAGACCAAUAUCAAACUGUUCUAUUUUUGGAAAAAGGAUCAUUAUAUGGUGCAUUUUUAAAUCGAAAUCAAAAAUAUUAUUUAUCAAUUCAAAAAGGUUUACCAACUAUAGAAAUAAAUAAAUAA